GGCUUUCUCUGGCAGACUAAUCUGAUGGGUUAUGUAUUUUCUCUUGUCAGUGUCUGUCCGCGUUAUGUGUGGAGAGAGAUCAGAGCCAUUGCAACAUAAAAUCCUGAGUCAUGCUUUGUGUGUAGAGUUAGGGAGCGGCGUCUUGUAAAUGCAGACAGUUCUUGAAACAACAUUUAAUUCACCAUGUGUCGAGGUUUUCAGUGAAAUUAAACCAGGGCGGGAUCCUGCCCGCAUUUGGAUACCGUUCGGACCCAGGAGAGAACUGCUUGAUGCAGAGGACGGGGAAUGAGGCUUCCAAGCUGACCUUUGACCAUGUCCAGACAUCAAGUGAACCCGGGACCUCUUGCAACAAGGAAAAUGACCCGGCUCUCUUGGGUUUUCUUUAUUGCUGAACCUUUAAAAAACAGAUGAUCUCCCGCCUCCGAUACUUCACAUCCUGAAUCCCCCUGCCGUCAGUGCAUCCAAAAACAAAUAAUAUUUUGCAUUUGGCGCAGGGAUGUGGAUGGGAUUUUAGAAGUUGCUGGUGGACUCCUGGCACGUACCUUCUUGCCAUAUCAGCCGCGGGCCUCCCGUUGAAGGAUAGCGAGCGGGCGAUUGAUUAUCUCCUGAGAUGCGAACGGGAAGAGCUGCCUAGAAGUCGCGAUGGACGACUCCGAUGUUGUGAGGCGAAGGAGAGUGCAGAAGGAUCUGCCUCUAACAAGAAAAGGAAGUAGUUGUCGAACCAGCAACAGGAAAAGCUUGAUUCUGACCAGCACAUCACCAACCCUUCCACGGCCUCAUUCGCCACUCCCUGGGCACCUAGGCAGCAGUCCCUUGGACAGCCCUCGGAACUUCUCUCCCAAUGCCCCGGCUCACUUCUCAUUUGUGACUUCUCGAAGCCAUGGUCAUCGCAGUGACAGGGCAGAUGGGCGCCGAUGGUCCCUUGCCUCCCUGCCAUCCUCGGGCUAUGGUACCAACACUCCCAGUUCCACUGUGUCUUCUUCGUGCUCGUCACAGGAGAAGCUCCACCAGUUACCCUUCCAGCCCACGGUGGACGAGCUGCACUUCCUGUCCAAGCAUUUUGGGAGCACAGAGAGCAUCACCGACGAUGAUGGGGGGCGCCGCUCACCGGCUGUCCGCCCGCGCUCCCGGAGCCUCAGCCCCGGGCGCUCUCCUUCCUGCUACGACAAUGAAAUAGUGAUGAUGAACCAUGUCUACAAGGAAAGAUUUCCGAAGGCCACCGCACAGAUGGAGGAGAGGCUGCAGGAGUUCUUCACGGUCAACGCGCCGGAGAACGUGCUGCCACUGGCUGAUGGGGUCCUCAGCUUCAUCCACCACCAGAUCAUCGAGAUGUCCAGAGACUGCCUGGAUAAGUCGCAAGAGGGCCUCAUCACCUCUCGCUACUUCUAUGAGCUGCAGGAGAACUUGGAGAAGCUGCUUCAAGACGCUCAUGAGCGGUCAGAGAGUACGGAAGUUGCCUUUGUGACACAACUGGUGAAGAAACUGCUGAUCAUCAUCGCCCGGCCCGCACGUUUGCUGGAGUGCCUGGAGUUUAAUCCGGAAGAGUUUUACCAUCUACUCGAAGCAGCAGAAGACCAUGCGAAGGAGGGUCAAGGUGUCAAAAUUGACAUCCCACGCUACAUCAUCAGCCAGCUGGGAUUGACGCGAGAUCCUCUGGAGGAGAUGGCCCACCUGGACACGUACGACAAUGCAAACCUCAACACCCAAGAGUUGGUGGACCUGAUGGAUGGUCGCGGAUCUGCUGGUAAACCCACAAAGGCACCAUCUGAAGAAGACUUUGACACCAUCAAACUAAUAAGCAACGGAGCCUAUGGUGCUGUAUAUUUGGUGAGGCAUAGAGAGACCAGGCAGCGCUUUGCAAUGAAGAAGAUAAACAAACAGAACCUGAUUCUCCGAAACCAGAUUCAGCAGGCGUUUGUGGAGCGUGAUAUCCUUACCUUUGCGGAGAACCCGUUUGUUGUCAGUAUGUUUUGUUCCUUCGAGACCAGGCGGCACCUCUGCAUGGUAAUGGAGUAUGUAGAAGGGGGUGACUGUGCAACGUUAUUGAAGAACAUUGGAGCCUUACCAGUGGACUUGGCCCAGAUGUAUUUUGCAGAAACUGUUCUGGCUUUGGAGUACCUACACAAUUAUGGCAUCGUUCACCGAGACCUAAAGCCAGACAAUCUGCUGAUAACGUCAAUGGGUCACAUUAAGCUGACCGACUUCGGCCUCUCAAAAAUUGGACUGAUGAGUCUCACGACAAAUCUCUACGAGGGUCACAUUGAAAAGGAUGCCAGGGAAUUCUUGGAUAAGCAGGUGUGUGGAACCCCUGAGUACAUUGCCCCUGAGGUCAUCCUUCGCCAGGGCUACGGGAAGCCAGUUGACUGGUGGGCAAUGGGCAUCAUCCUGUACGAAUUCCUGGUGGGCUGUGUGCCCUUUUUUGGUGACACCCCCGAGGAGCUCUUUGGCCAAGUCAUCAGUGAUGACAUCAUGUGGCCUGAGGGGGAUGAGGCUCUCCCUGCUGACGCCCAGAACCUCAUCUCCAGCCUCCUGCAGCCAAACCCACUGGACCGCCUGGGAACAGGAGGCACCUAUGAGGUGAAGCAACACAGUUUCUUCAAAGACCUGGACUGGAAUAGCUUGUUGCGACAGAAGGCUGAAUUCAUCCCGCACCUGGAAUCUGAGGAAGACACCAGUUACUUUGAUACUCGCUCUGAUCGAUAUCACCAUGUGAAUUCCUACGAUGAGGACGACACCAACGAAGAUGAGCCAGUAGAAAUUCGCCAGUUUUCCUCCUGCUCCCCCCGCUUUAUUAAGGUCUACAGCAGCAUGGAGCGCUUGACUCAACACGAAGAACAGAAGGCCCCCGUGGUCACCAGGCGCAACCUCAAUAAGCACAAGGAGGAGAAGAGCGAGGGUCUGGGUGCCCUCGGGACCCGGGACAAGAGCGAGGGUCUGGGUGCCCUCGGGACCCGGGACAAGAGCUGGAGGACAAGCUCUCCGGAAAUGAAGCGCCUCUCGGCCUCCGAGUCCUCGUAUGGGGAGAGCGACUCCAGCCCGCCACUCACCGUACGGAGACGGUUCUCUGCCCUCAUGGACACCCACAAGUUCGCCGCGCCCCUCGAGGACAACACGGAAGUGACGCACAGAAACCAGGCGGUGCAGACGGUGGCGCCCGUCCUGGACCAAGGCGGCCAGUCGGAGCCACAGCGGAAGGAGGCGGACGGGCAGGGCCCCCUCGGCACGGGGAAUGCUGGCAGCAGUCCGACGUUCCCAGCUGAUCGGCCAGUGAAGUUGAGCGAACCGUUGCCCAGUGUUACCAAGGAAACUGACCCGUCCUCCACAAAGGCCACCAGCGACCUGGCAGUGCGGAGAGCGCGUCACCAACAACUGUCCGGGGAUUCGGCAGAGAAACGCACCUCCCGACCCGUAAACAAGGUCAUCAAAUCAGCUUCGGCCACCGCCCUCUCAGUCAUGAUCCCCGCAGUGGAUCAACAUAGCGGGUCACCUCUCGCCAGUCCCAUGUCUCCACGUUCGCUCUCAUCCAAUCCAUCUUCCCGCGAUUCCUCACCCAGCCGUGACUUCUCGCCGGCGGUCACCAGUUUGAGGUCCCCGAUCACCAUCCACCGGUCGGGGAAGAAGUACGGAUUCACGCUCCGCGCCAUCCGGGUCUACAUGGGGGACACAGAUGUCUACAGUGUUCAUCACAUGGUCUGGCAUGUGGAAGAUGGAGGGCCUUCGCACGAUGCGGGGCUGUGCGCUGGUGACCUUAUCACCCAUGUCAAUGGGGAGCCUGUGCAUGGACUAGUUCACACUGAAGUUGUGGAACUUAUACUGAAGAGCGGAAACAAAGUGACAGUAACCACCACACCAUUUGAGAACACUUCCAUCAAGAUUGGGCCAGCCAGGAGAUCUAGCUACAAAGCCAAAAUGGCAAGAAGGAAUAAGAAGAGUUCAGGAAAGGAAGGGCAGGAAAGUGGGAAGAAACGCAGUUCCUUGUUCCGGAAAAUAACAAAGCAGUCCAACCUCCUGCACACCAGCCGCAGCCUCUCGUCCUUGAACCGCUCGCUCUCGUCCAGCGACAGUCUGCCUGGCUCUCCCACCCACAGUCUGUCCGCCCGUUCUCCUACGCAGAGCUACCGGCCGACGCCUGACUCUGGUUAUUUAGGAGGAGGAGGUAACUCAUCUCAAAGCAGCUCUCCGGGUUCCAGUGUCCCGAAUUCCCCAGCCACCCCCCACCAUAUCCGGCCCAGCAGCCUCCACGGUCUGUCCCCGAAGCUGCAACGCCAGUACCGGUCGGCACGCUGCAAAUCGGCCGGCAACAUCCCACUGUCCCCUCUGGCUCACACACCGUCGCCCACGCACCCUUCGCCCCAGCAUCCCCCUUUCCCCCUGCCCUCCCACACGGUGGGCAGCUCCAACACCACCCAGACCUUUCACGUCAAGCUCCACUCGUCGCCUCCAGUGGUCCGGCCGCGUCCCAAGAGCGCCGAGCCGCCGCGCUCCCCGCUGCUGAAGAGGGUGCAGUCCGCCGAGAAGCUCUCCAUGCCUCUCGGCUCCGAGAAGAAGCUGGCGAUACGCAAGCACAGCCUCGAGGCUUCCCAUGCAGACUUCCGGAAGGAGGGGCUGCACGCGGACAUCAGCCUCCAGAGCCUGGUAGAGUCGGAGGGAGAGGUUCUGGGGUCAAAGGCCGACGGCACUGAAGUUGGAGCCUUCAGGCAGAUGGCCGUGAGGAAGCUGGGGAGACAGGAGUCUCCGUUAAUUGAUCGAGAUAUAUUCUCCAGCAUCAGGCAAGAGAGGGGAGAAGGACUUGACCCUGUACAGGAGCUAGAAGUCAAGACGAGUGAUCAUGAGGAAGGGCUGAAAGAGGAAACAAGAAGGUCUUGGUCUGCAGUGCCUUCUGUCUACGGUGGGACCAACAACGUUGCAAAAGGUGUGGAUGUAAGCCCAGGGAGGGAUUGUACAGUCUCCCCUUCACUGAAGAGUGCCAGUCCAUUGAAACCCCAGAUUUCGGAGCCUCCUUCGGAAGGAACCACAGCGUCGUCCGCAAACAGAGGCCAAGACAAGGCCACACCCUGCAGUUCGCCAAGCGGAAGGAAUGGGGUGCCUCCUUCCUCUGCUCCAACGGCGGGUGCAGGCAAGCACGCUGGACCUCCACAGGCCUUGCGCCCAGACACGCUGACGGCAUGCUCUGAGGCGAAGGUAUCUCCGGGUGCUGUGAUUGCCAGCCUUAACGUUAGCAUCACCCCUUCUGUCCACGUUGACACUGUCGGCAAAUCUCUGGACAAAACUCCUCCCCACCAGCCCAAGAAGACGCUGUCCAGUGACCCACCCAGCAAGAGACACCAAGGAGUGCAAACCGAGCCCGUGGAAUCCAUCUGCUCAAGCUGGGAUGGCGGAUACACGCUACAGAUGGACAAGGAUGCCGCGUUGGAGGCCAAAGAUGCAUCUCCAGCAAGCGGCUCCCAUCCAGGGUCCAAGGAAAAGGGGAAAACCUCUGAAGUCCCUGCUGUUCCGGACCUGGCUGCAGCUGCCGAUGGUGGCAAAGGCAAGAGGAGCUCAACAAUCGAGACCAAAGACACAGCUGACAAGCCGUGCGGGCCUGAGAGGAGCGAGGCCUUACCUCCAGACUGCCUCCCUCAUCCGGCCAAACAGCAAGACGCUGCAGAUAAAGGCGCCCCCGUCAGCUGUGACAAAGGUGCCCUGGAAGCCUCUACAGAGAGUAACGCGGUCCCCGAGGGCAAGGCCAAGAAGGCGCAGGCCUCCAUCACAUGCGGAGCUGGGCAAGGCUCUUUGACUGCAGGGGUGACAUCCGGAGAUAAGCCCAGCUUUGUCAACCACUUGGCCACAGUGGCUAAGAGUGUGCUCGGGCCAGUGAAAAUGGCCAUCCCCAUGACACCCUCGACCGUGGAGAGAUGGAAGCCGGGGGAUGGCGGAAAGACACUCGCUGAACAUCAGGGGAGCCCCACAACCCUCUCAGCACCGGUUCCUAAACCAGUAUCCUCAGCAACAACACAGGACACAGAGUGCCCAUCUCUCCUGGAAAAGAAAGCGAUAAACCGUCAAAAGUUUUAGUAAGGGCUGUGAGUGAGUGUGUGCGUGUGUGUGUGUGUGUGUGUCUGUAUGUAUGUAUGUUUUAAAAAAACACCUGCAAAUGAUGACUGGGCGUUUGUAUAAAAUCAAACACUUCCUGAGGUAAACAACACAACUGGGGGAAUUUAAAAAAAACUUAAGAAUCUAGGAUUCUGAUUUGCCAAGGUGCCCGUUCAGUUGAAAAAAAAUAAUACGAAUAUCUCAAAAGAAUGUGAAAGGUUUCAAAAAAAAAAUUCGUGUAUCAGCAUCACGUGACUGCAUGUUUGUGUAUAAGGUAUACUGGCUAAGUGCAUUACACGCUUAAACUGCUUUUACAUGUCAUAUACUUAAAUAUUCUGAAGUGCUCUUGUAUAAAGGGGUUAGUAAUUUAUUGAAGUUAUGUAAAUUGGCUGCAGAUUAGCAUUUAACCCUGACCAACGCCUCUCGAUUUGAGGAAGUACCCAACAGCUUGGAAUCAGCACUGCAUAUGUUCUUAAAGGGACCCAGUCUCCUUUUCUACGCAAAGUAGAAAGGCUAAUGUGCUCGAGGCAGUUCGUACCCCUCUUUUCCAAUGUAGAAUUGUUGUGGAGGAGAAGGGGGUAUUCAUUGCCACGAUGUGGGAUUUUUUAGUAAGGCCAGCACUAUUUGCCACCUCCUUUUAUCCCUUGAACGGUGACUCAUCAGGCUGAUACCGAAUAUCCUGUAGAAGGCACGUUGCAUCCACAUCUACUGUCCCGGUUUAGGUCAGACUAGUGAACCAGAUUGGUUUCAACAACAGCAUUCGUGCAUGUUACAGCUGUACUAUAGCACUUCUCUGGCCUGCUUUUGAUGGCUAUUUCUGUUGCCCGGCAUUGACUGUUAAACCGAAUGUUUAAUCCCAGUGUGCUCUGUUGACCGGAGGUCCACAUAGUGUGAUGGCAAGUAGAAAACCACAGCAUGGCCGCUUUCUCUGAGGUGGGGCCGGGUCCUUGUGAAAUGGCACACCACUAUAUAGGUGUCGAGAGAACUCCCAGACCAAGCAAGAGUUCUGAUCGUACUUGUCGAGCGAAGAAAGUUCCUAGCUUGCUCCCGCUGUUGCUAUGGCAGUGGCUUAUUCUCCAAACAGUCAUCGUGUUAACACUCAGCUUGCCUAAAACCUGCCUGGUAUUAGCUGUCGAUGCCUUUGAGGCAAUGUUGGGGCUGCUGUCCCAAUGGCUCGCAACAAAAACACGAUUGCCAUUUGCCAAACCACACCCUGCCACCUCAGUUUGUUUCUUUGGCCCACACUGGGGCUGUUGCCUCUCAGGCCCUGAGACAUGGUUUGAUCCUGACCUCAGGUGCACUUGAUUCCUCCCGCUGACCGUGUGAGUGACCUCUCGGCUUCCUGGUAGUUUAAAAGAUAGCCCUUUGUGUAGUUGAGUCGCAGAAGUGAAAGUUGGUGAGCAUGUGAGUGAGAACAUGUUGAAAGGAAUUAGAUGAAGGAGAUUUGGCUGAUGGGAUUGUAUUCCUAGGCCUACUGGCCACUUGCUAGUUGUAAUGAGUAUGCAAGAUGCGAGAAACACUUGGACUACUGACAAUGCCCUCAAGUUGAUAGAAGGAGUAACCAACACUGCUAAAAGUCACCUGCUGAAUUGUUACAUUGGAAGGUGUUGAGAAUAACACUCACUCGUACGACCAAUUAAAUCUGGGACAGUUGGAUGUAGCAUGGGGUGGGGGGGAGGAGAGAUCACAGGUCCUGAAAGACUUCUGUACAUGUUGGUUACACGUAGCUGGUUAUCCCAGUCACUGGAUGAGCAUUGGCCUUGUGAAUGAAUGAUGGUGUGGUGUUAUACUCUCGUAGAGAAAUGGACAUCGAUGCACUGCAGUGGUAGCCACAGCAAGUAGCAGAAGGUUUAAUGGUUGAAUUCUACUGUGCCUUUCCACGAGUCUAGCCAAAUGCUACGAUUAAUUAUUUUGCACUAAGUAAACUUUGAAAAUGGAAUUAGGUACAAAAAUGUAGGUGUGAAAGGUGCAAGAGCAUGGGGUAAAGAGCAGGAGAUUGGAGCUAAUUUGUUAGCUCUGUCAAAGAGUCAGUGUAAUGAAUGGGCCAAAUAUGGUCCUGCUGUGCUAUGAGAUUAAUUUAGUUAAAUGAAAUUGUCAUUACAGUGCACUUAGUUAUAUCCUGGCAUUAGAUGAAAUAAUAGCAAUUUCUAUUUGAAUGUUCUCAAAUUUUACUUGAAUUGUCUAAGUGUUGGGGAAGAGCAGGUUUCUAGCUGAAUGCAAAGUUUAAUUGUGCACUGCAGAUAGUGACCCUGGUGUUCCCUGUAGGAUUUCCCAGCCACCACCGAGCCCUGCACCCUGCCCUUUCCCAGCUGUGUCGGAGGCUGCUGCUUCCAUCCAUCUUGCAGCUCAUUCAUACACAGCCUAACAAUACAAGGCUUGGAGGAAGAGGAUAUUGCAGGGAUAUUGUGUGACAAGGCAAAACAUUGGCAUUACUGCUCACUACUUAUUGAAGGAUGAAAGAUUCAUUGUAAGAAUCUCUCCCAGUUCUCAAAUAGGGUCUCCCUACCCCCUCCUCCUCCUUCUUCCCUCCCACUUUCAAACUGGCUCUCUCCCUCAAAUCUCUCCACAACUUCUCUCCUGCUCUCCUUUUCCACACUCUAUAUUUUUUGCACUAUUUUCCUCCCUCUUUCUACUUUUCCUCUCUCCCUCUCCCAAUAUCCUUCAAUACUCUCCUCACUUAUUUAAUUCUACUUUUCCUUAUACACUCUUCCUUUCCAAUAUCCUCUUUCUCUCUUUCACAUUUUCUCUUCCUUAUUUUCUCUUUCAUUCUCCAUCCACAUUCCCUGUCUCUACGUUUCCCUCUCUCUCCACCCACCGACCACUUGUCACACCCCUCCCGAGGCCCAGUGUUGAUUCAAUUGCCAGUUCAUUAUCGAGUCGCCUGAUACCGUGAGUAAGGUGGUUUCCAGGGGUAGAUGUCCCACUGGAAUUGUCCCAGUUCCCGUCAGCAUUAAGUUCAGCCGGUGGAGUCAUCACCUGGCCAAACUGAAGGUCACAGCAAUGAAGCCUGCCACGUUGCAGUCGUACUUUCCCAGGUUCCAUCCUGACCUUGGGUGCUGUCUGCGAAGUUUAUGUGCUCACCCCAUGACCAUGUGGGUUUCCUCUACAUGUUUCCUCGAACAUCCUAAAGAUGUGCGUCAGGUCAACUGUCAUCUGCAAAGUACCUUUUGGCAUAAAGAAGUAACGAAAAGAAAAAGAGAGUUUAUGGACAAGUUGAGGUAGAGUAACAUAGGGUUUCAGGAGAUUAGGAUCAAUGCAAUCAAUUUUCUGAGAGCCAUUAUGGACCUCAUGGUGUGAACUGUUCAUUCUGUGUCUCAGUAAGAGCCACUGUGCAACCCUAGCUGCUUGAGAGUUUCUGACAGUGGGACAUCUCCAGGCACCACGCAAACCACAAGGUCUCAGGUUCAUUGUCAGAGGAAUACGUACCCAGGAUAUAAAUACCAUAUAAAUUAUUUAUUUUGCAGCAACAGCGCAGUAUGUUACAAAUACAACAUACAUUGCAUACGCUUAAACUGAAAUAAAUUUACAAAAGCUUAAUCGACAAAUGCAAAUUGAUGGAAAUGUAGUCCGAGGUAGUGUUGGGAUUUUUCAGGUCAGUUCAGGACCCUCAUGGCAGAGGGGAAGAAGGCAUUGUUGAACACUGACGUGUAGGCCUUCAGCCUUCUGCACCUCCUGCCUGAUGGAAGUGAUGCGAAGAGAGAUCAGCCCAGAUGGUGGGUGUACCAAGCGAUGGAUGUCACCUUCCUAAGACGCCAUCUCUUGUAGAUGUUCGUGGUGGAGAGAGCUGUUCCCAUAGUGAAACUGGCCGAGUACACCGCUCUCUGUAGCCUCUUCCACUGGAGUUGGAGGCCUUGCAGCGGAAGCACAGUAAGGCUCCCUCACAAUGAGGUACGCAACGACAUAUGCUGACCUCAGCUGCGUUCAGUAUGGCAGAGGGACUGAGAUGUCCAUUCCUGCACUUUGCCCUACCAGUGAACGCAAUGUCAGUUUAGCCUGUUGAGCUGGCCAGCCAUUAGGGAAUGGGCAUUUGGACCUUUAGGUGCCUAUUUUGUUGCCUGUAAAACAGUCACAGCACCAUCAUGUUUUUAGAGUCCAGUACUGUAACAGUGUUGUUACAGCACUGCCCAGUGCUUUAUUUGUUAUUUUUUUUAGGGUAUGGACAUUUAUUACCUAUUUUUAGAUGUUCUUAGGGAAAGCGAUUGUGACUAUGUUCUUGAACCAAUGAUGUUUCAGUGACUGAGAACAAAUGCAAUCAACAAAGAGUUUUUAUCCAAAACAGCAAAAACAAGUGUUCUCAGCAUAACAAAUAUUUUUCCUGGCAUUCUGAUUUUUGUUUUCUUAUUUGUGAGUCGAAAGCAGGCAUCUUAAUUAGUCACCCUUUCUGGCUGAAAUAGCAGCUGCAAAUAUGCUCUGCACUUUUUCUUUGGGACAAAGGUGUUAUGUGGUUAAGUCUGGAAUUAUGCACUGGAAUGGAUGAUAGAUACAGUGAGGAUUUGGAUGAGAAGCUUGCUUCUUGCCUUGGCUGAGAUGUUCAGCUGAGGGUCAGGACUGGGGGGGGGGGCUGAUUUUUGGCUUCACCAGGCUGCUAUCAAUUUAAGAGCUUGCUGCAGAUCGCAAUCCCUUCUGUAAGUCCUGUCCCAUUCAAAGAUACUCUCGGUGGCCACUUUAUUGGGGACAGAUGUGGAAUCCGGUGUGGUCCUCCACAGCUGUAGCCCAGCCACUUCAACAUUCAACAUGUUGUGCAUUCAGAGAUGCUCUUCUUCACACCACUGUUAUUUGGCUAUUUGAAUUACUGUCACCUUCCCGUCAGCUUAAAACCAAUCUGACCAUUCUCCUCUGACCUCACACUAAUACAGCAUUUUCACCCACAGAACUGCUGCUCACCGCAUGUCUUUAUUUGUUUUUCACACCAUUCUCUGUAAACUCUAAACACUGUUGUAUAUGAAAACCCCGGGAGACCAGCAGCUUCUGAGAUACUCAAACCACCCCAUCUGGCACCAAUAACCUUUCCACGGUCAAAGUCACUUAGAUCACAUUUCUUUCCCCAUUCUGAACAACAACUGAACCUCUUGACCAUGUCUGCAGGCUUUUAUGCAUUGAGUUGCUGCCACAUGAUUGGCUGAUUAGAUAUUUGCAUUAACAAGCAGGUGUGCAGGUAAACCCAAUAAACUGACCACUGAAUGUAUGACAACAGUUGUGCUUCAAGGGAGAAGCUAUCGCAAAGUGGUGAUAGUAAAUCAUCCGUUCAUAUUACACCCCACCAGCAUUAGUUUCCCGUUAGCCUUUGUGUGUAAAGAAACAAAUGAGGUGGAAAGCCGGCAGCUAGUUCAGCAUCAGCUGUCCAGGUGAUACACAUCCUCUUGGAUUUGGAGUAGAACUAAUUUGUAGGUUAGCUACGCAUUCUGUCCUGAAGUUAACAGCCACUAAAAUGCCGUAACCAAAUCCAAGUCCAUUAUCCUAUUCGCUGCUGUGUGUGUGAGAAUAUCUGGAGGCAGUGGUUUGAAAGAGAGCAGUGGUCCAACAAACCUCCCACACAGUAACUGCGGUAAAUACUUGUGGACACCUGUGGCCCCGUGCUCAGCCCAGCUGUGUAUGGUUUUAUUUUCUGUUUUUUUUUAAAUUUAGAGAUAUAGCACAGAACAAGUCCUUCGGGCCCAGCGAAAACCACUACCCAGUAUCCCACCUAUUUAACCCCAGCCUAAUCACAGUACAAUUUACAAUGACCAGUUAACCUACUAACCAGUGCAUCUUUGGACUAUGAGGCAACCAGGAGCACCCAGUGGAAACCCACAUGGUCAAAGGGAGUACGUACAAACUCCUUACAGAUAGCGGAGAGUUGAAUGCCAACCUCCGAUGCUCUGGGCUGUAAUUGUGUCGCGCUAACUGCUACUGAUUGCCCUACUGUGAUCUCCUGCAAGAAGUAAAAAAAAAUCACCGAAGGCCAAAUGGGGAAAAUAAAUCUGCUAAGUUCUUCUCUGACAUUAGUGAUCUGCACAUCUUUAUCCAGGUGUGAUCCAGCUGUGGUUCUUACUCUCACAGGAGGAGCUUGAGGUGGAAGCCAGAAUGGAAUUAAGGGAGAAUGGAAGGCAGAGUGGAGUUAGAAACCUGGCCAAUUCCUCUGCUGUAUUAUCGACUUUACACCCCUUCUCUUGCACUUUGUGUUCAUGGCUAUUAUGGACCUUCUUAUUUAUUGCUGCGGUGUGGAUGGUGCUGACAACACCAGCAUUAAUUGCCUAUCCCUCAAUGUAGCUGGGACAUUUCAGUGAGGAUUAACACUGCUGUGGUUUGAAUCAACUACUGAUUGACCAAUCAGGCCAAUAACGAUGUAGCUAGCUAUUUCUCCUCCUGGGUAUGGAACACCGAAAAUCAUCACUACUGAGGCUUGUUAUUUAUUUAGAAAUAUUUCACCAACUGAACUUAAAUCCCUCCACUCUCCCCAACAACAGAUUUCCUUUCUCCAGAUCAAUGCUAAAGCCUCCUGUAACUUAAACACUAUUCCCUUGCUGCAGUGUUGCAAGAGAAACUCUGUCUCAUCCUAAACUUCACUCAGUAUUUUUGUGGUUGUGGGCGGCAGACACUUGGGAUAGGGAUGGUUACACCUCCAACUGUAUUACUAGUCAAAAGCAACAGAAAUAUUUAUUUUUUAAUGUGUCAGUUUGAAUGCAGCAGAUCACAGCCUAUUGGUUGAGUGUAUGAAGGACAUUUCUUAAUGCAAGACAAAAGUUCUCAAAAUACCUUGCAGGUCAGGCAGCUUCCAUGGGGUUACAUUUCAGGUAACUGUACUUUCACCUGAGCUUAGGACAAUGACCUGUUUAGAUGCUGCCUGUCCUGUAGAGUAUUUACAUUAUUUUCUGCUCCAAACUUAAAUGGUCUUCACCAUGUGUAACAUGUUAAAGCUAUAUGUACUGGUUCCGGCAGUAUUUUGAAAGAUUGUUGGAGGUGCAGGUUCGCUUAUGGGUUUUGGGCAAAGACUGAAUGCACCACAGGGCCUUUCCAGUUUCCGUUUAGCAUUCUCAUGCAGUAUACCGCAAGAUCGUCCUCGCCAUCAGUCAAUGCAGUGACUUCCACUGCACCCCAUGGCCCUGCUUCCCGUGUGCGAGCUCAAUCCUCCACGUUGCCCAAUAGUUUCGGCUGUAUCAUGUGCUUCAUUGUGUCCCUAUGCAAAGUUGAACAUUAAUCGCUUGAUGCUCUCGUUCUAAUUUCCCCACCCCCCCACCCCACUUCCCCCUUGUGUGUUAUUUCAUAAAGUUGCAAUGAUUAUGCAUUGAAACAAAAUGUCGCUGUCUGUAAUGACAUUUCCUGGAUGCGUUAGUGCAACAUAUCUGCACUGUUAUACUGUAAUACUGUAGGUUUGAAAAAAGGUACUGUUUCUUAAAAAAAUGUGAAUUAUUACUAUUUAAUAUAUACAGUUGUUCAAAAGUUCUGUGAAAGAUAAAUUAUUACUAACUUCAAACAUAAGAUGUUUUAAAACACAUUUGUUGGCUAGAAGGUAUUGAAUCAGUCAGCAUUGAACUGCAGCUGCCAUCUACCUGCCCAUCACUGUGCACAAUAGACAAUAAUGUGAAUAACACUGUCACAAGAAGCUGAGGUUUCCUUGUAAAUUCAGGGUAAAUAUUGAACAUGCCAUUAAGGCGUUACUACUUACAUUUGAAUCUGGCUUGAAUGGCUUCUUCCAGCCCUGUCGAUGUUGUUGAUUGCACUCUGUUGUUUUUUUUUCUGUGAGCUUGAUACCAUUUGCAUUCAGUUCCACACACUGAACAGCAUACAACACCAAAGUCCGCCCUUCAGCCCAAAUGGCCCAAGAUGCCCUAUCCAAGUUAGUCCCAUUUGCUAGCAUUUAUAGAGUCACAGAGUUAAUAAAUCAUUUUUUGAAGUACAUACAGGUUAUUUUAAUUGAAUUAUUAUCCAGAAAAAUCCUUCAGUGCACCUUUGAAAUUAUGGUAGAGGAUCUGAUCCAGAUAUUGAUCAUGAUCUAUUCAGUUGGACAGGAGCAACCAUGAGCCACCACUGGGCACAAUGCAACUAUUGAUACAAAAGCAACAUACAACUGGUACUGAAGUCUGAGUUUAAAACAGAGAACAUUGGAAAUGCUUAGCAGGUCUGACAGCAUCUGAGGAGAAAAUAUGUUAACUUUUUUCUCUUUAUGGAUACCACCUGAUCUGCUGUGAACUAACAACUUUUCUUCUGAUUCUGAAAGAGGUAAAGUUUGGGUCAGGAAGAGGAGGGAUUAGCAGGCACAAAAAGUUGUUGAAUUUAUUAUCAGGUGAUUGUAAAGUGCCGAGGUUAGAAGUGUUCCUUGAUGCACUGCUGAGCUUUGUGGAAGAGUGUAGGAGACUGAGGACGGAGCAGGCAGUGGGAUUGAGAUGAAAAGCAUCGGGCCACAUCUUCCGCAUAAAAUUCGGGGGUUCCCCUUGCAGCUGUUGGGAGGAAGUUCAGACUCCCUAGAGGGGGAUGUCAGUAGAUAGCUGUGGUGGAAGUAAGUUGAGCUGGGUUACAAGAGACAUUUAUUGACGUUGCUGGCAUGAGAUCAGAGUUGAGGUAAAUACUCAGAAGGUCAGGGAGCAUCUGAGGAAAGAGAGCCACAGAGAUGGUGUUUGGAUCAUGCUGCACCUUCUCCAAGCCUCACAUAACCCUCCUGAGGUCACCAGCAUCUUCAGUGUCAUGUGGACACUGCACAAACAACAACCUGCCCAUAUGAGCUGCGAAUUAAAGAUCUCCUUGAUGGAUCCUUAUAGUUUGUGCUCUCGGUGUGUCUGAGUAUCUCAGACAAUAAGGGAGAAGUGAAAACUGUGCACAUCCAGUCAUCUCUGGGUGAAAAUCUCUCUCCUCUCUUAACAGCUGAUCCCUGAUUUGAGGUGAUGAUCCUUGGCACUAGAAGCAUCAACCCUGUACUGGUUUCCCGGAGGCCAGCCGCUUUAAUUCUACUUCACAGUCCCAUUCCAUCCUGUUAGUCCAUGGGCUUCUGUACAGUCACGAAGCCACUGUCAGAUUGGAAGAGCAACGUCUCAGAGUCUGUCUGGGUCUGGGUAGCCUCCAACAUGACAGCAUGAACAUUGAUUUCUCUCAUUUCUGGUCAUUUCUCUCCCCUUCCCCCUUUUAUGCUUUUUCCAUUCACAAUUCUGGCUCAGCUCUUACCCUCCUCUCCUCCUCACCUGCCCAUCACCUUCUUCUGGUGCCCCUCCCCUCUCCUUUCCUUCCAUGAUCCACUGUCAUCUCCUAUCAGAUUCGUUCUCCUUCACCCUUUACCUCUUCCAUCCAUCACCUUACAGCUCCUCACUUCAUCUCACCUACCCACCUCAGCUAUCAGCUGCCAUCUCGUAAUCUUCCCCCUUGUGGCUAAAGGGAUCAGGGGGUAUGGAGAGAAGGCGGGUACAGGGUUCUGAGUUGGAUGAUCAGCCAUGAUCGUACUGAAUGGCGGUGCAGGCUCGAAGGGCCGAAUGGCCUACUCCUGCACCUAUUUUCUAUGUCUCUAUGUUUCCCCCCACCUUCCUGUUGUAGCUUCUACCCCAUUUCCUUUCCAGUUCUGUUGAAGGGUUUCAUCCUGAAACACCGACUGUUUGUUCCACCACAUAUGUGACAUCUGCCGUGCUAAGUUAUUGUUGCUCAAGAUUUCCAGCAUUUGCAGAAUGACUUGAGCUUAUGAUAACAUGUAUUGAUCCUGUUUGGUGAUUUAUCUUCCAUGUGAUCUUCAGGGCCUGUAGUCAAGGUUGAAAGCUGUCUGAUCCUGCAGCAUGGAAUAUUCCUAUAUGCACUUAGCUUUGGAACUGCUUAAAGACAUAGAACAGGCUGAUAGGUUUACUUUAAUUUGACAUAAUCAUCAGUAGGCAUUGUAGACAGAAGGGCCUAUUUCUGUGCUCAAGUCUUAACAGACACUCAAUGACGCCUCCUGUAGCUAAUAAUAUGGCCACUGAAUGUUUGUUUGUGGUCUUCAACUGCUGAAGAUCAUCCAUUUCAAAGUUUGAUGUGUCGUGCGUUCAGGGAUACUCUUCUGCACAUUUGUCGAAACACAUGGUUACUUUCAGCUUGAACUGGUCUGCCAUGUUCCUCUGUUCUCUCUCAAUAACAGAGUGAUUUCACCCGCAGAACUGCCCGCUCACUGGAAGUUUUUGUUUGCUUUUCACACCAUUCUUAGAUAACAAUUUCUUCCCAUUCUGACCUUUGGCCUGAACAACAACUGAACCUCUUGAGCACAUCUGCUUGCUUUUAUACACUAAGCUGCUGCCACAGAAAUUUGCAUUAACAAGCAGGUGUACCUAAAAAAGUGGCCGCAGUGUGCAGAACGGGACAGCACAGGGACAGACCCUUGACCUACAAAGUGAGAAUUCAACUCAAAAUCACUAUUGCCUGCACAUGAUCCAUAUUCCCAUAUUCCCUGACUAUUCUGGGGAGGCACGGUAGCAUAGCGGUUAGUGUCAAACUGUUACGGUGCUGGCGACCCAGGUCGAAUUCCACCACUGUCUAAGGAUAUAUUCUCCCUGUGACUGCAUAGAUCUCCUCUGGGUGCUCCGGUUUCCUCCCACAUUCCAAAGAUAUACGGGUUAAUAGGUUAGUUAGUCACAUGGGUGUAAUUGGGUGGUGUGGACUCGUUGAGCUAGAAGGGCCUGUUCCUGUGUUAUAUCUCUAAACCUAAAUCUGAAACAUUGGUGUAUUUAUUUUAACAGCUUCUUUCAAUACCAUUGUAACUGUUUCCACAACGUCCCCAUUCCUGGCCCCACCACUCUCUACGUAAAAAGAACCCCACCCCACACAACUCCUUUAAACCCCCUCCCCCACCUCAAUGCAUAUCCUUUAGUAUUUAGUAUUUCUACCCUGGAAUAAAGAUUCUGACUGUUUAUCCUCUCUCUGACUCUCAGGAUUGUAUAAUUUUUUAUUAGGUUGCCCCUCAGACUCUGACACUCCAGGGCAAACAAUCCAAGUUUGUCCAACCUCCUUACAGUUUAUACCCUCUAAUCCAGGCAGCAGCCUGCUGAGCCUCUUCUGCACCCUUUCCAAUGUCUCUACGCCCUUCCUGUACUGUGACAACUCCCUGAUCCAUCUCUUGUGUGAAUAUUUUUCAAAACUGUAAAUUCUUCAUAGGCUGGAUAACUGCUUCAUCAGUUUAAAACUUGGGAGGAGAGUCUCAGGAUCAGGGGGUAAUUUUGAUUUCAAGAUUCAAGUUUAUUUAUCACAUUCAGAUCAAAAGAUACCGUGGUUGGCGUUAUUUGUGCUUAACAACCAACACACCGGAGAAUGUGCUGGGGGCAGCCUGCAAGUGUCACGCACGUUCUGGCACCAGCAUAGCAUGCCUGAAGUAAGUAGUUUCUACACUCAGCAGCUUAUAUGUUAAGUUUUCUUCAUCUGCUGACCACUUUUUGCACAGAUGCACGUGGUCACGAGGUUGGAGAUGGGAGCAACAUGAGGCAAGGGUGUGGGUAGGGUGUUCAGCCUACAUUAGGAUUGGGAAUACUAGCGUUCAAGAAUACGGGUGGGGUCACAUGCAGUCUGAAACUCACAAGUUUACGUGGAAGUAGUCAUGUCUGUGGAAGGACAGAAUGUGUCAUUGAAGCUUUAGAGUCAUUGCCAUGGCCUCAGUGGGAAGCGUGUUUUUGUUGUAAUUGGUAGGACGUCUGUGCCCCAUUCCCCCCCGCCCAGAUAUUUGUAUUCAUUGCUGAGGAUGGGAAUGCAAAGUUCAAGGAAUGCCCAGGAAUGCUGGUGUAGUCUCGUAGAAUAGUGUAACAAAAGAACAGGCCCUUCAGCCCACAGUGUCUAUGCUGACCAUCAUGCCAAUUUACACCGCACAUCUGCUUGCACAUGGGCCAUAUCCCUCAAUUCAUCCCCUGUUCACAUGGCUAUCUAAUGGCUCUUAAACAUUGCUAUUGCAUCUGCUUGCAGUGUGUUUCUGGUGCCUCUGAAUAAAAGAAAGUGCCUCAUUGAUCUCCAUGAAACUCUUCCCCUCUCGUGUUAAAACUUUGCCCUCUAAUCUUUGACAUUUCCCACCCUGGGAAAAAUACUGAUGAUCUGUGCCACUCAUUAUUUAUACACCACAGUGAGGUCAUCUAUUUGUCUCAGAACACCUUCACAUUUCUCCAAUCUUGUGAGGAACAAAGUCCUACUAAUGACAUUUCUUAUAUUCCCCACUUCACCACCAUCCACCUGUUUUUUUAAACAGGUUUCACUUUUAGACUUAAUUAAUUUGACUCAAUAAGUUAGGGAUAUUUAAGAAACUUAGGCAUGUGGAUGAAAGAGGAAUGGAGGGCUAUGUAAGAGGGAAGGGUUAGAUUGAGUACGAAGCAGAUUAAAAGGUAGGCAUAAUAUCAUGACUUGUCCUGUAAUGGGGAAAUUCUUGUACAGGGCCCUGGUGAGACCACACCUGGAGUAUUGUGUACAGUUUUGGUCUCCAAAUUUGAGGAAGGACAUUGUAGCUAUUGAGGGAGUGCAACAUAAGUUCAUGAGGUUAAUUCUCAGAAUGACGGGACUGUCAUAUGUUGAAAGGUUGGAGCAACUAGGCUUGUACACACUGGAAUUUAGAAGGAUAAGAGGGGAUCUGAUUGAAACAUAUAAGAUUAUUAAGGGAUUGGACACGCUAGAGGCAGGAAACAUGUUCCCAAUGUUGGGGGAGUCCAGAACCAGAGGCCACAGUUUAAGAAUAAGGGGUAGACCAUUUAGGACGUAGUUGAGGAAAAACUUUUUCACACAGAGGGUUGUGGUUCUGUGGAAUGCUCUGCCUCAGAAGGCAGUGGAGGCCAAUUCUGUGGAUUCUUUCAAGAAAGAGUUAGAUAGAGCUCUUAAAGAUAGCAGAGUCAAGGGAUAUGGGGAGAAGGCAGGAAAAGGGUACUGAUUGUGGAUGAUCAGCCAUGAUCACAGUGAAUGGCGGUGCUGGCUCGAAGGGCUGAAUGGCCUACUCCUGCACCUAUUGUCUAUUGUUCUAUGUUCUAAAUUAAUCUCUUUUCAAAAAUUCUGAUGGUUGAAUGUUCAUGAAUAUCUAGACCAACGCACUGGGUUCUCCUGCUCAAUUUCACAUUCAGAUUUCUGGUGCUUAGCUGGUCCUUGUAAUAUCACUGGACCAAGACUGAUCUGCUCAACCUUCUGUCUGUUGCUAUAGUCAGUUAGGAUGCACUCUGUCUUAACUCGAUCUUGAUUCUGAAGUUCUCACACUAAAACAAAUUCCCCAAUAAAUAUGGAAUUUAUAAAUUUAAGAAGUUAAGCAGCUUUUGGAAUGUUAAAGGCCAUUUAAAAAAGUGAAUAAAAUUCAACUAAAUUAGAAUUAGAAUCAGGUUUAAUAUCAGUGGCAUUUACUGUGAAAUUUGUUCCUUUGCAGCAGCAGUACAAUGCAAUAUAUUAAAAAGCUAUAAAUUACAAUAUGAAACAUACAGUAUAUUUUAAAAAUAAAUAAAUAGUGAGGUAGUUGAGUACUGAGUGCGUGUCUUCAGGUUCCUGUAAUAAGAAGAGAGCACAUCCUCGGUGAUAGGGCUCCUUAAUAAUGAUGUCACCUCUUUGAGGCAUCACCCUUUGAAGGUGUCCUUGAUGCUGGGGAGACUAGUGUCCACCUUGAAGUUUUUUCAGUUCUGUACAGUGGCCCUUCCAUACCAGAAGGUGAUGCAACCAGUUAGAAUGCUCUCCUCGGCAACCUGUAGAAAUUUGCUAGAGCCUUUGGUGACUAACCAAGGCUCUUCAAACUCCUAAUGAAGUAUAGCCACUAGCCUUCUUUUGCAUCAUCAUGUUGGGUCCAGGAUAGAUCUUCAGAAAUGACAGAAGUAUGGACAUUAUUUACAAUUAUAUAUCAGAUUGCUUCCUAAGUUAACAUUCCAUUUUUUGACAUCAUCAUGACAUGAUUAUGGUCACACCAUCAGUAAUGUAAGCAAACUUGCACUGUAUGCUGACCAAGAAUGUGUGCACACACAGCAUCUUCUGCUCUCAGUGAAGUCUGAAAGCUUGCUAAGUACACUAUAUAACACGCACAUCAUUUGCUUCACUCCGUGAAGAUGUUUCUUGUGGUCAAAUAACUCAGCUAAUAAAUAACUUGUGAUUGAGUUUUGAGUUUUCAAUGUCACUCUUCCAUGAAGACAAUUUUUACAAAGUUUAUAUCACAAGAACCUUAUGAUGAGAUUUCACUCAUGGUGUUACUUGUAAAGGUCUUCAGGUAACAAUGUUAAACAUAUCUGCCAUUGCUAAAGAUUUUGAACUUGAUCUUCAUGACAAAAUUAAGUCUUAAAACAUUUGCCUAGCAAUAAGUUCAAGUUUAUUGUUAUAGGCAUGCAUACACAGGGUGUAAAUUCCUUGAAAAUUAAAUAUUUGCAGCAGCAAAUUACAAGAUGAGGACAAAUUUGAAUCAAACUUCAAUAAGCAAAUUAUACUUGUCCAGUCCACUGUACAAUGUUAGCAAAAUGAAUCCAACAACUGAUCUGAGUGCAGAAAUUAUCCCAUGAUCAUAGGACUGUGAUCUCUCGGUGGAAAACAUCCAAGUGUGAAGGUUGAGUGCGGGAUUGAAUGUGGCUUUGAUAUACAAAUUUCUCAUUAACAAUUAUAGAACAUGGAAAAGGCAUUUCAUCACAAUGAUAUGCCGACUUAAGUUAGUAAUCAAAUGGCCAACUGAACUAAUUCCUCCUGCCUACCUAAUGUCCAUGUCCUUCCAUUUUUCUCAUAUUCACAUGCCUAUCUAAACGUAUCUUAAAAAGUCUCUAAUGUAUCUGCCCCAGGCAGUGCAUUCCAGGCACCUACCAUUCUCUGUGUAAAAAAAAAAUUGCCUCUCACACCUCAUUGGAAAUCCCUCUCAUCUCUGGUAUUAGACAUUUCAACCCUGGGAAAAAAGAUACUCUUUGCCUACUGUACCUCUCAUAAUCUUAUAUUCUUCUAUCAGAUCUCCCCUCAGUCUCUGCCACUCCAGAGAAAGUAUCCCAGCUUUGUCCAACCUCUCAUUACAGCACAUGCCCUCUAAUCCAGGCAGCAUCCUGGUAAACCUCUUCUGUACCCUCUCCAAUCCUCAGCUUCCUUCCUCUAUAUCUCCCAGAACACAGGAGUCAAGGAGGAGGCAUCAAAACCUAUUUGCACUGCAGCAGAUGCAGUACACUCAGCAAGAAUCCAACCCAACCUCAAGCACGGGUCCCAAAAGUAUGCAAAAUCUCUGAGGUUAAAACCAGGCUGGUGAAACAUUGCAAAAGGCGCAGAUCACUGCAAAGCUGGUGAUGGGUCAAUAAGCAGCUCCACACACUGGAAGAAAUCGAACCCCGGGAACAAUAAUCUUGCAGAUGAAGGGGGAAGAAGAAAUCUGCGGGGCAAACUUGCAGCAGAACCCACUCAUUAAUUUCCCUUCCACUCCUUUGCACGUUAACCGUUUGAAUAUGUUAAGAACACAGUGAUGUGCAGGUGGAUGCAUGCUGGAUGGGACGCUCUGGGGCAAACAGGGAAAAUACCCGAAGUGUUUUUUUUUUGACUGUUCAGUAAUUUUAGAAAAAAUAGAAACAAGCAUAAAAAUAGAACCACAAUGUUAUAUUAGUGGACCAGGGAAAACCUACCCUCAACAAUAUGUUAUACAGCACGUCUCCAGUUAUGAUUAUGGGGCUUGAAGUGAUAUUAAAUAAACAGAUCAGUAUUUUAUAAAUGUCCAGUAUGUGUUAGAGCUGAUUUGUACAUAUUGGGUCAUCUUUGCAGAAUAAUGUUUAAAGUAAAAUAAAGCUGUCUGAAGGGCUCCUGGCUGGAUACCCACGCACUGUUAAACAGUGGAUAUUGCAAGGCAGCUUGAUGUAAUAUUUCUACAUUUCAUUUCCUUAUUGCCUUAAAUUUAUUUUCCUCACUGCUUCUGUACUUCACUGAUUGUGUGGAAAAAAAAACAUUAAAAUUUAAUUUAAAAAAUUGA